AUGGAGGAAUUAUUUCAAUUAAAGUCAGAAAAUCUGGAUCACUUGUUGCCACGAAUAAAAAGGAAUUUAAUGUUGCCGAAGGAGAAAUCGCAAAUGUCUGCGUUGGAACAACUGACGGUUCUUCUAAAAUCUCAAGUCCAUGCCAUUCGAAGUAGCGUUUUUACGAAGCUCAUCAAAUUCGAUAUAAUUUCGACUCUGUGUGACGUUUUAAAGACUUUUCGGGAACCUCUUAUAACACCCGCUCUCGAGUGUUUGGCAUCAGCGAGCGAACAUCGAAAGUUUUACGAAAGUCAGGUCGCCGCGGAAGCUGUGAGCUCUUUGCUUCGUCUUGCGCAUUACAUUGGAAUGUCCACGGACGUAGAAAUAUGUCCUUCUUUGGAAAAGCUCCUUCGUGCUAUUCGCGACAUAUUAUUCAACGCGAGAAAAUUAGGAAUUGACGUCGAUGACGUAUGCGCUAUCAAUCAAAUUUUUUCAUUCAUCAAGGAGACGAGCCAAAGAUGCUUAUCCUAUGUAUUAAGGUUUACGAUUAUCGACGUUUUAAACGUCGUACUCGAAUACGUAACUUUGGACGGGUGCGAAAACGAAGAUGAGAGAUUGAUUCUCGAUGUUUGCAACGAGUCGAUAAAAUCGAUGAAAGAUAUCCUGGAGCAUGAUUACGAAGAAGAGUACGCAUCGACGAACGCUAUUGUCGGUUUAUGCUGCCUUUGCGCUUCCAGCAUACGAGAAGAUACAUAUUUAGGACGGAAUAUGCAUACGUCUCGUAGAUUUUGCGACAAGGAUUAUCUGACGGACGUUGACGAGGUUGGUAAUAUGACUCCGAUGCGGGACAAAAUAUCUCUCGCGAAGACUAUUUAUGCAAUCGUUAUGUAUACCAUCGUACCGCGUAUCAAAAGCGUACGCUUGGAUCAAGAGAAUUCCUUCAAAUGUUACAAUAGUUUUGUUUCCUGCCUCAACAACAUGUACGAUAUGAGAGAUUUUAGACGAGAGGAUAUAGCUAAUCAUUUAGCAGGAAACGGUUAUCUAAAAUAUUUCUUACGUCUUAGCGCGCAACUUUCACUCGACAUGAUUUCGUUCGAAUCUCUGAUUAAAAGGCUGUUGAUACUAGAGGACCUUCGGUCGAUAACCGUACCAACUCUAAAGCCAUUAUGGUUUUUAUUCGCUGUAUCAUUUUUGUCUCAUCCAUCACCGGACAAAAACUGCGAAUACGGAAAUGCGGUGAAAAAAUUAACAAUGGCUUUACAAUACUCGGAAUUAAGCCAGUGUUACACUCAUCACAUCGAGCUCUUACAUUUUUCUCUUAAAUGCCCAGAGAUAACGAACGACUUACGAUACAGAGUAAUGGAUAUGUGGCUGAUAGAAUCGGAUGGUGACAUCGCACCUCUCUUGAAGCUCGAUUGUCACAGCGUCGUUAGGCAUUGUUUACUGAUUAUAAUACAAAAUGGAAGUCUCGAUGGCGUGGUUCGCUUAGCUGUAAAAGGAAUACGUCAAUCAAUGCAGAUUGGUAAAUGCGACGAGAUCGCCGAUAUAGUUUGGAACAUGCUUCCAAGUGUUCUGUUGUCCGGCAGUCCAAAUCGAAUUGAACAUAUUAAAGCGGUGCUUGAACUAUCUAGUACGUUGGAGCCUCGUUAUUUGUCAACAAAUACAAUGAAGAUGUGCGCAGAUGCUCUCAUAAAAAUGAUUUUAACCGAGGACGUAGAUGUCAAUUUUCAGAAAUUACUUGUAAAGCAGGCAUACAUCGUACUUGUGGCUUCUACGGCACGCAAUUAUCUAAAAAGUGAGUGGCAUCGAAAGGACCAGGCUAAAAUAGAACGGUUUAAAGGGAAGAAUGUGCGUUUUACAGUUCUUUCAAAGUACGUGAAUGAGACGAGAUUAUUGGAGAAAUUACGCGAUUAUGCGUUUUCCGAAGACGAGUCGAUAUUAUCUGCAAUUUCGUUGAAAUUCCUCGCUUUUAUUAUUCAUUUACAAUCACGAUCUUCGAUCGAGGUAAGAGGAAACGGAAAUAUAAUAAUUACUUGCGUCAAACCCGUAACGAUCGAAACGCGCGAAUUAUAUGCCCUUUUGUGGAUCGUUGAAAAGUCAGGACCGGUUUGUUCGAAUGGCUUGGAAUUUUUACACGAGUUGUUGAGUCAAAACAAUGCAGGAAUGGCUGUAACAUUGAAAGACGUUUCCUUUAACGGAGCAGAUAAAGACGAAAUCACAACGAUUCUAGAUAUUUACGAGAUGCUUCAUGUUAUUCACUCGAAGAGCAUUCCAGCGGAAAGAGAAAUUGUUUAUCAAUGCCUGGCCGACGUUCUCAAGUUUUGUCACGUCAAAGUAGAGACACUGAUGUAUCACCUAUGUACUGCCAUUAGUAACUACGAUCUCGUUAUCGGAAUAGUAAAAACUCGCUAUCGGUCUUCUCAUUUUCUUCAUUUCGUCACCACGUGGCUUCGCUAUCGAAAGAUAUACGGCGACGACGAAGUGCCGUUUAACUCAAGAUCUUUGUUCAAGUCACCUUUCGACGAAACUAUGGAACAAUUAUCGGAAUACGUGGAUUUUCUCAAAUCCGAAGACGAAGAUGAGGCCUGCUCACGAUUGUAUCAUGCGUUAUCCUUUUUCAAAGGCUACAAGAUGACGAACGUUCGUAUCUUUGGAAACGAGGAAGGUGAGGUUUGCAGAUUAUUUUUAAUACGCUGUGCAAUAUUCUAUUACAGUCAUUUGUGCAUACAAAAAGUAGAAAAAGAUUAUCUAAAUGUCGUCGCCAAAGAUGAUAGCGGUUAG